UCAGCAGAGCGCAUGCGCAAGCAGUGAAACCAGCUACGGUGCGUGGUGACAGCUGCACUGAUGAUAUCGAUGAACGUCUCCAGCGGUAACAACAAUCCGCAUAGUACUCCAGGCAAGAAGCACAAAAAGAAAAGCAAGAAGCAUCGCAAAGGAACUGGUGAGGAUAUUCCCCGAAUCGAUCUUGGGCCCCCAUUGCCCACUGCAGAUGAAUUGUGUCACAUCCUAACGAUCCACACGCCCUCCACUCCCCCGAAAACUCCCCCCACCCCUCCACUCACCCUGUUCCCGAACCCCCCUGACCUGCAGCCCACCGCCCCACUGCCCCAGUCCCUGCCCAUCUCCAUCCCCAGCUCCAGUCCCAUCUCGGCCUCCCCGCCUGCCUCCGUGCCUGGCUCUGACCCUGCACCACCCUCCCCCACCAGCCUCGCUUCGCCUCUAUCCACCCCGGUCACCCCCAUCACCCCCUCCGUGAGCCUUCCGCCGGUGCUGUCCACCACCCCACCUACCUCACAGACCCUCUCCGGCCGGAGUGAGACCCCCCCUCCGCAGACCCUCAGUCCCCCGCCACCGGACUUCACCCCUCCUCCCGCUGAGCUGCUGGGAUCAGAUGAUGAGGAGCAGGAGAACCCAACAGAUUACUGCAAGGGAGGAUACUACCCAGUGAAGAUCGGAGACUUGUUUAAUGGCAGAUACCACGUUGUGAGGAAACUAGGAUGGGGGCACUUCUCUACAGUGUGGCUUUGCUGGGACCUUCAGAGGAAACGUUUUGUGGCGCUCAAGGUGGUGAAGAGUGCCCAGCACUACACAGAGACGGCCCUGGAUGAAAUAAAGCUGCUGAAAUGCGUUCGUGACAGUGACCCUACAGACCCAAAGCGACAGACUAUUGUACAGCUCAUUGAUGACUUCAAAAUAUCCGGCGUUAACGGUGUUCAUGUUUGCAUGGUGCUCGAGGUGCUCGGCCAUCAGCUGCUGAAGUACAUCAUCAAGUCCAACUACAUGGGCCUGCCGAUGGUCUGUGUCAAGAGCAUCCUCAAACAGGUUCUUCAAGGUCUGGACUACCUACACACCAAAUGCAAGAUCAUCCACACAGACAUCAAGCCAGAGAACAUCCUGCUGGAUGUGAACGAGGUGUACAUCCGGCGCCUGGCUGCCGAGGCCACAAUAUGGCAGCAGUCUGGAGCCCCGCCCCCCUCAGGCUCCUCUGUUAGCUCCGCCCCAAGGGAAAAUCAGAUGGGGAAGAUCUCCAAGAACAAGAAGAAGAAGCUGAAGCGGAAGGCCAAGCGGCAGCAGCGUCUGCUGGAGGAGCGGCUCCAGGACCUGCAGCGCUUGGAGGAGCUGGACGGCGAGCCGGCCGCUGGGACAACAGGCAGCCAGGCCAGGGCCCUGUGGAGGCUGCAGGAGGAUGACGAGGAGGAGGCCGAGGGCUUCCCGCCAGGUGAGACACGGAGGUCAGAGGGCAGGCAGGCACGCCUGAGGAAGGAGCCGCCGGUAAAAGGUCGCUCUGUGUUCAACGGAAACGGGAACCUGCGGACCCACGGCAGUAAGGGCAGCCCUGAGUCGGGCUCCUCGUGGCUGGAGGAUGGCUGUAAUGGUCACAGCGGCGGUGGCGGGCCCAUGCGCUUCUCCAGCCCCGGCUCGGGCCUGUCCGGCAUGUCUAGCUCGGUGCUCUCGACCACCUCCGAGUCGGCCCUGUCCACGCUGUCCGGCUACUCCACAGGCAGAGAUAGCCAGCGCUCGGCCCUCUCCUCCAACUCGUACAGCGCUGCAGACUUCCUGGUGAACCCACUGGAACCACAAAACGCAGACAAAAUCCACAUCAAGAUUGCAGACCUGGGCAACGCCUGCUGGGUGCACAAGCACUUCACAGAGGACAUUCAGACACGCCAGUACCGAGCCCUAGAGGUACUCAUAGGGGCCGAGUACGGCACCCCGGCAGACAUCUGGAGCACAGCCUGCAUGGCUUUUGAGCUGGCCACCGGAGACUAUCUGUUUGAGCCUCACUCAGGAGAGGACUACACCAGAGAUGAAGAUCACAUAGCUCACAUCAUCGAGCUGCUGGGAGCCAUUCCACCUCACCACGCCCUCUCAGGACGCUACUCCCGCGAGUACUUCAACCGCAGAGGAGAGCUGCGGCACAUAGCCAACCUGAAGCCGUGGGGUCUGUUUGAGGUCCUGCUGGAGAAGUACGAGUGGCCACUGGAGCAGUCGGCCCAGUUCAGCGACUUUCUGCUGACCAUGCUGGAGUUCCUGCCCGAGAAGCGGGCCACGGCUGCCGAGUGUCUGCAGCACCCCUGGCUCAACUCCUAACACACACACACACACACACACACACACACACACACACACACACACACACACACACACUUCUACUCAAUAGAGCGACUCCUGACAACACCACAUAUGAUCAUGCACUGGAGGAAAAAAAGACUCCUUACUCACUUAAAUACACUGGGAUGAUCUAUACAGUCACAGCAUAUGCACACAGUCACACAGAGGUCUGAGCAACUCAGCCUUGCACAUAUGCACACAUGUUGCACAAACACUCAAAAGCAUUGGAGCAACUCCUUAUGCAUCGCACACACACACACACAGGAGAACCUGUCAGUACUUUGUACAUGCUUUGUCUCAACAGCACUAGCAGAUGAACUCCCAACGUACACACACAUACACCACAUACACAAACCAUGCUAUUUUCCACUUUUUUGACUAGAUCCCCUCCUUGCUUAUUCCUGCGUGCGCACACACACACACACACACACACAGACACAGACACAUGCUAAUCCUUCCCCCGCACUCUCCCAGCAGUCGGUCAGUUCCUAUACUCCCAGGUGCACACAUCUCUGAAUGUAUCACGAGUAUUAUGGUAAAACAAACUUCAGAUUACCUGACUCUGAGCACACAGCUAGCCACAGUGUAACCUCAGUCUACGUUUCUUUUUAAUUACUAUUCUUAUUAUUAUUACUAUUAUUAUUAUUAUUACUACGGAGCUUUGAUUUAUGUAAAUGUUUGGAAUAAAAUGUCUGCAGUCUGUCGAUCGUUUUCGAGAUGUAUGGUCGUCUUCUGUCGGCUGGUCACGUAUUUAUAUGUUAAAAUAGUGCCUUGAUAUGCCAUGUGUAAAAAUGAGAAAUAGAGAGGGAAACAUGCCUUCACUUUUUUAUAUAUGUUCGCCAGUUGGUGUGUGGAAUGCUUGUUGUUUGUGAACAUAAGAUACUGUGUAUGACCAUGACUGGAGACCAGAGAAUAAUAUUAAAGAUGAAACGAACCAGC